UGGUCACACUGAAUCAGGCACGCGUUACAACAACAAAAACGUAGAACUUUUUAAUUUAUUAAUUUAUAUAGCAAGUCAUAGAAACUAGAUAUCUAAAUCAUGUGCACCGGUUCCCCUAGUAGCAAUGGAUCGCAAUCGGAGGAGGGCAGCAGCUCCUCUGAUCAGCAGCCCCAACAGGAUGUCCACGAGCCGGAGCAACAGCUGCGCACUCCCACACAUGCAGUUGUGCCUGCUGCCACAUCGGAUGAAAUCCUGGCCGAAUACGGGAGCAACCUCAAGCUCCUCGAGUGCAAUUCUCAGGUAGCCGAACUGUUGACAAUACUUCGCGACAAAAACACCACCCGCAGCGACUUCAAGUUUUAUGCCGACCGACUGAUCCGCCUGGUCAUCGAGGAGUCUCUCAACCAGCUGCCCUACACGGACUGCAAUGUGGAGACGCCUACAGGAGCUAUUUACGAGGGCCUAAAGUACCGCUCCGGUAACUGCGGUGUGUCCAUCAUCCGAUCCGGGGAGGCCAUGGAGCAGGGACUACGUGACUGCUGUCGCUCCAUUCGCAUAGGCAAAAUAUUGGUCGAGUCUGAUGCCAACACCCAUGAGGCUCGAGUAGUCUAUGCUCGUUUUCCGGAUGACAUAGGCAGCAGGCAGGUCUUGCUGAUGUAUCCCAUCAUGUCAACUGGAAAUACUGUACUGCAGGCUGUGAAUGUGCUGCGGGAGCAUGGAGUUCCCGAGAGCUGUAUCAUCCUGUCCAACCUGUUUUGCACCCCGAUGGCUGCUCGGACCGUGGUGAAUGCCUUUCCCAAGUUGAAGAUUCUCACCUCAGAACUGCAUCCCGUGGCCCCCAACCACUUUGGGCAGAAAUACUUCGGUACAGAUUAAAGAUUUGGGACUGUCAUGCAGACUUGACGACUAAGCGCUGCUUAGGAUAGGUAGAUGUCUCCCAGACAAAUGCCUUUCGGUUUCUCCCAUCUAACGAGUGAUCCUCUCUCUGUUUCGUCCUCCAGAUGGCAUUUGAAAUGACAAACCGGCGACGCCCUGCGGUCUAUCAACCUACUACUUAGGAACUGUUAGCUUUUCACAACUGGCUUUUAAUGCAACUCUCAAAUACGUUACGUUCGUUACGCACUAUUGUAAAUAUAGAAAAGGAAUAAAUAUUUAAAAAUUUUGGCAA